CUAGAUUAGAACUUGAUAAAUCAUUCAUACUUUACUUUAAAGCAAUAUCUAAAACACAACCUAUAUAUACUACUCUCUUACCACAUUAUUUUUCAUCCCUUCUCUUAUAUUCUUCUCUUCUAUUUACCAAUUCAAUUACACGUUAUUUGUUUCUAAUCAUGGCUUGUUUCUCCUCCAAAACACUUGUCCUGACCUGCUCCUUAUGCCUAUUUCUAUCUCUAGCUUUCGGACGCGAUUUCUCCAUCGUGGGCUAUUCAUCGGAGGACUUAAAGUCCAUGGAUAAGCUUAUUGAACUCUUCAAAUCAUGGAUGUUGAGACAUGGUAAGAUUUACGAGACCAUUGAGGAAAAACUACUGGCUUGGUCUAAAUGAGUUUGCUGAUUUGAGCCACCAAGAGUUUAAGAACAAGUAUCUUGGACUAAAGGUUGACUUAUCUCAAAGGAGAGAAACCUCAAAUGAAGAGGAAUUAACUUAUAGAGAUGUUGAUUCGUCUAAGUCCGUUGAUUGGAGAAAGAAAGGUGUCGUCACCCCUAUCAAGAAUCAAGGCCAAUGUGGGCUGUUGGGCAUUUUUCAAUGGUUGCAUGGAUGUAUAGAAAUUAGAGAAUGCUCUGUACUCGCAUCCAACAAUACUCGAGACAUCCGUGGUUGCAAGGCCCGAUGAGAAAUGGGGCGAGUCUCCAUUUGCGUUUGUGACAUUAUAGCCAGGAGUGGAUAGUAGUAACGAACGAGCAGCGUCUAGUUGAGGGAUAUACUGAAAUUCUGCAAGGCCAAGAUGCCUGUUUAUUGGGGUUCCAAAAUCGGUUGUCUUUGGACCAUUACCUAAGACAGUACUAGGAAGGUACAAAAGCAUCUGCUGAGGGCCAAGGCAAAGGAGAUGGGACCUGUCAAGAAUAAGAUAAGCAAGUUGUAAUCAUGUUAUAGUUAUAGACGUGAUAAUGUCAAUAAAAGUUACGAGUUCUUGCUGCCUAUGUGAUGUAUCA